AUGGCUGGUGCAAAGGUGGUUCAUACCCCUAUGUCUAUAACAGCUAAGCUUCUUCUCAAUGAUGGGACUGCAGGUUUUGCAGUAAAUCCACUAGCUCAGUUUAUGCUCAAGCCAACGGUUGCUCACUGGCAGCAUGUUAAGCGUCUUUUGCGCUACAUCAAGCAAACGAUUCACUUCGAAAUUCUCCUUCAUCGUCAAGUAAAUCCUAUUCUUCGAGGUUUUUCUGAUGCCGGAGGGCUCCGUAAGCCUCCUUUACUUCUCUAUGACAAUGUCGGUGUCACACAGCUUAGCCUCAAUCCUGUCAUGCAUUCCAGGAUGAAACUCAUCGCCAUUGAUCUUCAUUUUGUCUGUGACUAUGUUCGUCGUGGUCAACUACGCGUUUCCCACAUUCACACGGAUGACCAGCUUGCAGAUUUACUGACAAAGCCUCUUGCUAGAUCCCGCUUUCAUCUGUUAUGUAGCAAAAUUAAUGUUUCUGAUGGAUCAUUAAUUUUGAGGGGUCGUAUCAGGAACCAGCUUGAUUGA